UCUGUAGAGAGAGAGAGAGGGGAGGGGGGUUCGCUGUUCUGCAAGCAAAGGGGAAGGCAAUGGCCGGCUCGGGGGAGAGAAGCAGAGAGGAGCUGCUGGAAGACUAUCUGAAGGCAGCGGUACAGGUGGCUCUGGAAGCCGGCCAGAUAAUUAGGGAAGCAUUAACAAGUGAAAAGCGAGUGCAGACCAAGUCCUCAGCAGCAGAUCUCGUAACUGAAACAGACCAGCUUGUUGAAAAUCUAAUCAUCUCGACGCUAAGCAACAAGUUUCCUUCACACAGAUUUAUUGGCGAAGAAUCCGUUGCUGCUGGUGAAAAGUGCAUUCUGACUGAUGACCCCACUUGGAUUAUAGACCCCAUCGAUGGAACAUGUAACUUUGUACAUGGAACACCGGUGGUGGCAGUUUCUAUUGGACUUUCUGUCAAAAAAGAGCUUGAACUUGGCGUAAUUUACAGCUGUGUUGAAGAGAAGUUAUAUACUGGCAGAAAAGGCCAUGGAGCAUUUUGUAAUGGGCAGAAACUUCAGGCAUCUACUCAGACAGACUUGUCAAAGGCUCUGAUAUUAACAGAACUUGGUUCGAUUCGUGACCCAAUGGCAGUAAAGCUGCUGUUUAAUAAUAUGGAGAGGUUACUAAAAGUGCCAGCACAUGGGAUCAGGAUUGUGGGAAGCGCCGCGCUGGAUCUUUGCCAUGUUGCAGCGGGUGAUGUUGAUGCCUUUUACCAGUUUGGCCUCCAUUGUUGGGACAUGGCAGCUGCUGCCGUCAUUGUGGGGGAGGCUGGAGGAAUCAUGAUCGAUACAGCAGGAGGACCACUGGACCUAAUGUCUCGGAGAGUGGUGGCAGCUGGCACUUUGGAGAUGGCGUCUCAGAUUGUUAAGGAACUGCAGCCUGUGGCCUAUGAACGGGACGAUAGCACUGAAGACACAAGUCACUCGCUGUGCAAAUAAUGACCAUUUCAGAACAUGCACUGGUGGAACUGUAGCAAAAUCACAGCGCUGAAACCUUACAAAUAACUUAACAGAGACAAGCAGCUAUGAUGUCCACACUGCACUGGUAUUUAUAACAAAAAUCAUAAUAGUAAACUGGUCCUGCUUUUCCUUGACCAUCAACAAUAUGUAUCUUCUAUGAACUACGUUGGUUGAACUUUCUAUUGUUGCUGUUGAAUGUUUUGGAGAGUCUGAUGGUGGGAUAAAUCUAACGGGUAGACUUAUGGUUUUAUAUUGAUUUUGAUGGAGUGAAGUGCUCGAUGGGAUGUAAAGCCAGAAUCGCGUCUGGUCCUGUCAGCUCCUUAAUGCACUGACUAUGUUCAAGCCUCUCCCAACCUUCGGUAUAAUUUAUUUAAAAUUUGGUACUCUGUUUCUGUCAGAUGGGAUUGUGCAACAAUCUGGAACAAUAACUGUGAUUGUAUAAAAUAUCAGCAAUUUCCAAAAUCUAACUAGUGGUCACGAUUCUGAUUGAUGUCCAGGUUAAUCUCCCGUCUGUUAUCUAACAUUUCAACAAAUUCAGGAAGUAUUCACCUACUAAUGAAGAAAAUAAAAGUCAUGGAUUACAUCUAUGCUUCCUCACUUAAAUGGUUCUUUGUUUAGAUGCAAUCCCAUCUAUGUUUUAUACUACGUGAAAACGAUUUGAAUCAGAUUUUAAAUGGGUCAGUCAGAGAGCAGAGUGGAUGAUGAUGAAUACCACACCCAUUAUCAGUUCAUUCUUUCAUGAGAUGUGGGUGUUGAUGGCAAGGCAGCAGUUGUUGUCCAAUCCUAACUGUUCUCGAUUUGGAGAUGUCGGUGUUGGACUGGGGUUUAAAAAAAUCACACAACACCAGGUUAUAGUCCAACAGGUUU